AUGCAGCAGCAGCAGCAGAUGCAGCAGCAGCAGCAAAUACAGCAGCAGCAGCAACAGUGGCAUCUGCAGCAAACGCUACAAAGUACACCUAGCGCACACCACGCGCAACCACAACAACAGCAGCAGCAGCAACACCAGCAGCAGCAACCAAGCAUCAACACCAGCAGCAACACGAGCAGCAGCACCAGCAGCAGCAGCAACAAAAGCAGCAACAACAACAACACCACCACCAAAAAAACGAGCAGCAGCAGCAGCAGCAACACCAACACCACCACCACCACCAGCAGCAACACAAGCAGCAGCAGCACCAGCACCAGCAGCAUCACAAGCAGCAGCAGCACCAGCAUCACAAGCAGCAGCAGCACCAGCAGCACCAGCAGCCCCAGCAGCAGCAGCAGCAGCAGCAUCACAAGCAGCAGCAGCACCAGCAGCAGCACCAGCAGCAUCACAAGCAGCAGCAUCACAAGCAGCAGCAGCAGCAGCAGCAGCAGCAGCAGUGUACCGAGUCUGGGUAGUUUGAGCGAAGCAAGGAGACACUUAACAGCAGCAGCAGCAGCAUCACAAGCAGCAGCAGCAGCAUCACAAGCAGCAGCAGCAGCAGCAUCACAAGCAGCAGCAUCACAAGCAGCAACACCACCACCAGCAGCAACACAAGCAGCAGCAGCACCAGCACCAGCAGCAUCACAAGCAGCAGCAGCAGCACCAGCAGCAGCAGCAGCAGCAGCAGCAGCAGCAGCAGCAGUGUACCGAGUCUGGGUAGUUUGA